UGCGUCACACUUGUGCGACCUCACUCUUCCGGAUUCCCGAGUUUCUGAGUGGUGUGCGUCGGCAACCGUAGUGACGCCUAUUGCCCGGAGGAUGGCGGACGCCGGCUUGCGCCGCGUGGUUCCCAGCGACCUGUAUCCCCUCGUGCUCGGCUUCCUGCGCGAUAACCAGCUCUCUGAGGUGGCCAAUAAAUUCUCCAAGGCAACAGGCGCUACCCAGCAGGAUGCCAAUGCCUCUUCCCUCUUGGACAUCUAUAGCUUCUGGCUCAACAGGUCCACCAAGGCCCCAAAGCAGAAGUUACAGGCAAACGGACCAGUAACUAAGAAGACUAAGAAGAAGACCUCAUCUAGUGACAGCAGUGAGGAUAGCAGUGAGGAAGAAAAAGCCCAAGGGCCUCCACCUAAGAAAGCUGCAAUACCUGCCAAGCGGACCAGUCUGUCUCAGCUUCCUGGCAAGACUACAGCCAAAGCAUCAGAAAGCAGCAGCAGUGAAGAAUCCAGUGAUGAUGAUGAGGAGGAGGACAAAAAGAAAAAGCCUGUACAGAAGGGAGUUAAACCCCAGGCCAAGGCAGCCAAAGUUCCUCCUAAGAAGGCCAAGAGCUCUGAUUCUGAUUCUGAUUCUGAUUCUGAUUCAAGCUCAGAGGAUGAGGCACCGAAGAACCAGAAGCCAAAGACAACACCUGUGACAGCUAAAGUUCAGGCUAAAGCCCUAGGCAAACCAGGUACACCAGCUCGGGCAGCCCCUAAAGCAGCCAAUGGCAAAGCAGCUAGCAGCAGCAGUGAUGACUCAGAAGAGGAGAAGGCGGUAGCCAUCUCCAAGAAGACUGUACCUAAAAAGCAAGUUGUGGCUAAGGCUCCAGUGAAAGCAGCUGCUGCAUCUACCCAGAAGAGUUCCAGCAGUGAGGACUCCUCCAGUGAGGAGGAGGAGGAACAGAAAAAACCCAUGAAGAAAAAACCAGGUCCCUAUAGUUCAGUUCCCCCUCCUUCUGCUCCCCCACCCAAGAAGUCCCUGGGAACCCAGAUUCCCAAGAAAGCUGCAGAGAAGAAACAGGCUGUGGAGGGCACUGGGGACAGCAGCGAUGAGUCUGAUUCAAGUUCUGAGGAAGAAAAGAAACCCCCAGCUAAGCCAGUUGUUUCUAAAGCAACCACUAAACCAGCUCCAGCAAAGAAGGCAGCAGAGAGCUCUUCAGACAGCUCAGACUCUGACAGUUCUGAGGAUGAAGCUCCUGCCAGACCAGCCAGUACCACCAAAAAUGCCUCAAGUAAGCCAGCUGCCACUCUCAAGCAGGCUGCAGCUAAACCAGCUACAACUCUCAAGCAGCCUGUGGGCAGUGGCCAGAAGCCUCUGGCCAGAAAGGCUGAUAGCAGUUCCAGCGAGGAGGAGAGCAGUUCUAGUGAGGAGGAGGAGGAGAAGGUGAAGAAGGCUGUGGCCAUCCCCAAGUCCAAGGUGACAGCCAAAGGAACUCCAUCUUUGCCUGCCAAACAGGCCUCUCAGGGUGGUGGAGACAGCAGCUCUGAUUCAGACAGUUCCAGCAGUGAGGAAGAGGAGGAAGAGAAGACUAAGUCCCCAGUUAAAAAGAAGCCACAGAAAGCAGUGGGAGCUGUAGCCCUUUCCAAGCCUGCUCCUACGAAAAAAUUAGCAGCUGAGAGCAGCAGCAGUUCUUCCUCUGAUGACUCCAGUGAGGAGGAGGUGAAGGAGAAGCCCAAGAGCAAGGGCACUCCAAGACCACAAGUCCCCAAGACCAAUGGUACCUCUGCACUGACUGCCCAGAAUGGAAAAGCAGACCAGGACAGCAUCGAGGAGGAGGAAGAAAAGAAUGCAGCAGGUGCAAUUUCUAAGCCAGGUUCAGCAAAGAAGCGGAAGCAGAAUGAGGCUGCCAAGGAAGCAGAGACUCCUCAAGCCAAGAAGAUGAAGCCCCAGACACCCAACACAUUUCCAAAAAGGAAGAAAGGAGAAAAGAGGGCAUCUUCCCCAUUCCGAAGGAUCAAGGAGGAGGAAAUUGAGGUGGAUGCUCGAGUGGCAGACAACUCCUUUGAUGCCAAGCAAGGCGCAGCCGGAGACUGGGGGGAGCGAGCCAAUCAGGUUCUGAAGUUCACCAAAGGCAAAUCCUUCCGACAUGAGAAAACCAAGAAGAAGCGGGGCAGCUAUCGGGGAGGCUCCAUCUCAGUCCAGGUCAAUUCCAUUAAGUUUGACAGCGAGUGACCUGGGCCGUCUGUCAUGAAACAGGGGUGAUGACCUGAAACCACUUACUUUCCCCAGUGGACUCUCAGCUCUGUUAGUGAGGGGUUUUGGUGAGGACGGCAGUUUAGAAUAGGUCUGAAGACACUGGAUGUUAACAUCCUCUGUGGUCCUUUUCUGCAUUCAUAGUUUUGUACAGUUUUGUUUUUGAGUUGAGUAGCAAGGACAAGGUAACAGGAGUGGGCUUUUUUAAGAUAAGUUCAUUUUAGUUGUCAUUCCCUUUUCCCUGUUUUGUGGAGGUCCUCAUACUGAGAAAUUUGUAUAUUUUAUAUUAAAUCAUUUCCUAUUGGUUUUUGUUGUGAUUUUCAGUGGUGGGUUCCCACAGAUAAAGUCUUAGCUGUUGCUCAAGACAUAGCAAAGGUCACACAUACGAAUUUCUUAAUUGGAGAUUCUGCCUAUGUGAGUAAAUGUGUCCACAUUUCUUCUCUCCUAGCCCUCAGAGCAAUGGUGAGGGGCACUUAAGAAUGGUUAAUAUUAUACUUCUAUUAAGCAUGUACUAAGUAGUUCAUCCUCAUUCAUGGGGUCUAGAACUGAAGUUUUCAGCUGGCAUGGACUUUUAACUACUUUUUGGAAUACAAUUCACCAUUUUGUUACAGGCAAAAUUCUGGUGUGGUGUGAAUGCUGUGGGGUUAGUCUGAAUAUUUUGUUUUCUGUAAUCUUAUCAUUAUUAUAUAAUAUUUGCAAAACAUGUUUUUUAAUUUGAAUGCAUAAGCUUUUAUAUUGUUCAAAGAAUUUUUUCUUAUUAUUUGACCCUUAAUAAUUGAGGCCUAAAUUGAGGUACUAAAUUGAGGCCUGCAUCUUUUCAUUUUUUACAUUUCAGAGAACAAAAUCAUGUUGAUUUAAUCUAAAAAGUCUAUAUCACUUGGUAUUUCUGUCUUGGUAGCAGUGGUGACACAAAGUUAAUUUCAUUAACUCUUAACAUGGUGGGGAACCACUGAUCAAGAAAGUGAAAGAAAAGAUACAGUGAAAAAUCUCAAUCCUCAGAAUUAGAUUACAUUAGUCAGGUGAAUUUAUAGGUAACACCUUUACAAAGUGUAUAUCCUGGUAAAGCUUGAGUAGAGUGAGGUUGGGAGAGCAUUUGUCUUGUAGUUGGUACAUGGAAACAACUAAUGUUGCCCCUGCAGAACCUUUACUAUCAAACAGUGGGGGUAAGGAUAAAAACCAGCGAGAAGACAUAAGACUCCUUAGGCCACUGACUGAUUGUGAAGCUGUAGGGAGGUGACUGUUGGCACUGCUCAUCCAGAGUAGGAAGGGGAGGGAAGAGUAAACAAACACUCAGGGCAGGACUGUCCCCAUGGUGGGAAAGUGCCCAGCUUCAUGGAUGGAGAUGUAGGUUUUAAGAUUAACCUCCCUGUGUUUGGAUUCCGUAUUUACCAAGUAACAUGAUGAUAACCAGGUUUUCCAUGUAACGGCCUCUAGGAAGAAAAUGCACUGUUCAUGCUGACAUAGGUCUUUCAGUCUGCAUGGUAAAAAAGUGGUUAAAUCUUACUACAAAAUAAUAAACUGGCUGGUUUAUAAUGUG